CCACCAAAAUUCUGCGCCUGUCUUAUCGGAAAUGCCAAGUGAGACCCAAGCUGCAACCGUCUUGCCGUGUGUCGUCUUGGGCUCGCAUUUGUCUGUUCAACAAAUUUUCGAAAAGCUCAUGAGAUUUCCUCUUGUUGACUUCUUUCCAACCUUCCAGUUCGAUCUGUAAUUGGAGAUCCCUCUUCUGGGCCUCAUUCACGGUUGGCGUACCCAGAGGGAAGAGAAACGAAACAGCCCCCCAGACAGGUUGCUGACGUGACGCGACCCCGUUCCGUCAUCGAGAAAAUAAAAGACUAAAGGGCCCCCUGUCAGCCCCUGUGUUUGAUGAACGGGCACUAAUUCAGGGUGCGUGCAACUUUAACUUGACCUCCCAUCUUGAGUUGCCUCGACUCGUCCGUCCGCUCCCGCAGCUCCCGAUUGAAACAAAGACGACUUUGUUCUACCGAGAAUACACAACACCCCCGAUCAACCCUCUCACGUGUCCAAAAGUUUUGGCAGUUGUACGCGUUUGCGACUCCUCUUCCGAAUAUCACCGUCGAUCACGAUUUGAUUCUGUACCCGUUUAACCCGCCCCCCUGAACCAGCCAUGCCGGGAGUUGACGGGCCCUCUGCUGGUAACGACCAGAACGGCCCGUCCCCAACGACGACCACGAAAGAUGCGCCGCCAGCUUCGAAACCAGCUGUCGAGCUCGACGACUUUGGAUUGCCGAUAAGAAAGUAUGUCCCGCCACCGAUUGAAAUGAGCGAGGGAAGCGAUGGCGGGGAUGUCGCAACAAGUGCGAAUGGAUCCAAGAGUCCACAGAUGGGCGCGACAACCGUGCAAGAUGACGGUCUGUGGCGCAUAGAGAAUGGAAGGAAGGCAGGUCAGUCUGUUGCGGGGUCCACAAAAGCAAAGUCGGACGGCAUUAGGAAUGGGGAAGAAUCAGGCAGCGACGAUGAGUUCAAGGAUGCUGUUUCCCAGCGGAGGGGCGUGGAUGAAAAGAAGAAGGAACCUGGUGCAUCGUCGGUCACAUUCUCAAAGGAGUUGGAGCAGAGCAGCAAAACGACCCCAACAGGAACAUCAGCACAAACCUCCACCGGACUCGAUUCCGAGCCUGCCGCUAUCAAGGGUGGAGAAGAAGAUUCAGAGAGGACGAAGAACGAGACAGUGGAUCAGGCUGUCCAGGAGACCAAGAACCCACAAGGCCACCAGAGGAACAAGUCGAGCGUCGCAAACAUGCCCGCUGAAGCCUCAGAGUACUCGCAUCAGCAGCUCACUGCCAAGCAGCCUGAAAAGGUACAAGGUGACGACGAUGGGUGGCAAACCAUGCCUGCCUAUGCUCCGUAUGAUAUCUACGACGAUGAUAACAGGCUCAUCGCUAAGGAAUACCACGAAGAGGAUGACGACCAAAAAUACGGCUAUGGCAAUUUGGGUGGAGCUGGCAAAGGGUAUACCAAAGUCUUGGUAGACGACGAUGCCGAAUCUGCGACUAGCAUGGACGAGAACACACAGUACCUAUUUCAAGGCCGCGACGCCGCUGGAACCAGUAUCACGGAGGAUGAGGAAAACCAGCGCGACGCUGUCAGCCAGUUGCAAGCCACCAAGGGUUUGCUGACAGAGGGUCAGAGAAUCGCAUAUGUAGGCCUUACCAGACUGGAGCUCUCAGCCAUGGUCAAGACAGUGGAGGAGUCUAUCGGAGUCUCGUCCAAGAGCAAAAAGCAUGUCGCCACGGCUGCAGAGAGCAUGCAAAUGUGGAGCCAGAAGAUGAUGAUUCGACUGUAUUCGCACAUGGAUAUCAGUUCGGAUGAGCAGGUCAUGAUUGAACAGUUGAGCGCCCAUGGGGUCAUUCCAGCAGACUUGACGCCUGUUUUGAUGGCGAACGCUCGUGUGAAGAACCCAAUGGCGGAGGAGAAGGAGAAAUGGACGUCGACCAGCUCGAGGCCUUCCCGUGCUGCUUCGCUCGUCACCACCAACUCGGACGACAAUGCAGAACCUCCACCGCCGUACUCGAGUAACAACGAAUCGGAGCUCGCUGAGCCUGUCCAGGUGCCCUCUCAGAUGUCGACGGCGCAAAAGAUUGAUAUCGACAUCAGGUGGACGGUUCUGUGUGAUCUGUUCCUUGUGCUGAUUGCGGACUCCAUCUACGAUUCGAGGGCCAGGGUGCUGCUGGAAAGGGUGGCGAAGGACUUGGAAAUCAGCUGGCUCGAUAUUUGCAGAUUCGAGAAGAAGGUGACGGAUGCGCUGGAAAUGCAACAGAGCGCUGAAAAGGAGAACUGGGAUGAAACAGAGCACAUGGAAAAUCGCCGGCAGCGCGCUUUGACAAAGCGCUAUGCCAUGAUGGGCCUUGCUACGGUUGGCGGCGGCUUGAUUAUUGGGUUAUCUGCGGGAUUGGCGGCUCCUAUGAUCGGUACCGGUCUAGCAAUGGGGUUUUCGGCGAUUGGUGUCGGUGGGACAACCGCGUUUCUUAGUGGCGUUGGAGGUGCUGCUAUCAUCACGUCGACUGCAGCGGCGUCGGGAAGCAUUGUUGGUGUCAGAGCUGCUAACCGGAGAACCGGAGCUGUCAAGACUUUCGAGUACAGACCGCUGAACAACAACAAGAGAGUGAACCUCAUCGUCACUGUCUCCGGAUGGAUGACGGGCAAGGUCGACGACGUCCGGUUGCCGUUUAGUACUGUAGACCCAGUCAUGGGUGAUAUAUACUCGGUGUUGUGGGAGCCGGAAAUGUUGACCAGUAUGGGUGACACCAUCAACAUUCUGGCAACAGAGGCUCUCACACAAGGUCUUCAGCAGGUCCUUGCCAGCACGUUCCUGGCAGCCCUGAUGUCUGGUCUCCAGAUCCCUGUCAUUCUCACCAAGCUCUCCUAUCUGAUCGACAACCCAUGGACCGUGUCUCUCGACCGUGCCAACAUGGCCGGUCUCAUUCUGGCAGAUUCGCUCAUUGACCGCAACUUGGGUACUCGUCCCGUGACACUGGUCGGGUACUCCCUCGGCAGCCGCGUCAUCUUCUCUUGCUUGAAGGAGCUCGCCAAAAAGGGCGCCUUCGGCCUGGUGCAAAAUGUCUACCUGUUUGGAAGCCCCAUCGUCGUCAACGCCGACGAGUACCUGCGGGCUCGCUCGGUGGUGUCAGGGCGCUUCGUCAGCGGAUACAACAGAAAUGACUGGAUUCUUGGGUACCUGUUCCGCCUGACCAACGGCGGCAUCAGGCACGUCGCAGGGCUGGCGCCGAUUGAGGGCAUCCCUGGGCUUGAAAACAUGGAUGUGUCUGAAUGGGUUGUCGGACAUAUGUAUUACCGUACCGCUAUGCCCCGUUUGCUUCGUGAGUGCGGGUGGUUGGUGGAGAGCGACGAGUUCACCGAAAUCGAAGACCCAGACCCGGAUAACCACCAGGAACGGCAGCGCGAGCUCAUCAACGAGAUCGAGGAGGCGAGAAAAGAGCUGGAGAGGGAGGGGAAGUCGAAUGAGAAGAAGAAUCGGUUUAGCUUGUUUGGCAGGAAGCAGAAGCUGCAGAAGCAGGAGUGGGAGGUGUAUGAGGAUUCUUCCAAGACGGGUGGUGCAAAGUCUAGCGGCAAGACGGAGGACAAGGAGGGGAAUAACCAUGGAGUGUUGUUUGACGUGGACGCUAUUCGUGCCGAGCUGGCUAAGGAGGCGGCCAGCAGCAAGCAGAAUGGUCAGAGCGUGGAUGAGGAGGUGCUGCAGGUGAAGGAGAUUAAGAGUACGCUGCCGCCUAUGAAGCUGGAUUCGUCACGGACUAGGGGGGACAGUUUGAGGGAGAGCAAGAGUUAUGAUGCUGUUCCGUCUGGGUUUGGGUCUCCGAGCAGGAAUGGGGGAUCGGAUGAGUACCGCUCGGCGGCAUCACCACCGGCGUAUCAGGGGUACUCUAGCAUCUCUGUGGGCGGCGGCAAGCAAGACAGUGGCUAUUACCCGGCGUAUGGUGGCGGUGGUGGAUUUGGGGACGAUGAUGAUGGGAUACAAAUGACGUUUGAUACUGGGAUUGAUGAUCGCAAGUCUUCCUCGCCGACCGCGGCAAUAACAACAAUAACAACAACAACAACAACAACAACAACAACAACAACAACAACGUCAACGAGUAGGGGAAUGGACUACAGCGGCAUCAAUAAUAACAACAGCCAUGAGCCACCCCGCCCGGAACUGAGAGGCUCGCAAACCCUCCCGAAUAUCGCGUUGGCGGAUCCCUGGGCGGACUACGAGGACGAUGAUUUUGGGAAGGAGAAGGAGAUUGAGAUGACUUUUGCGUAAUUGGAUGUUUGUUGAGUUAGGAGAGAAACAUUGAGGUACUGGUAGAAGACAUGAAGGAGGAUAUAAUUGUUUUGUGAAAGCAUUGCGUUUUUUGUCACAUGGAUGAACUGGGCGGGCAUGGCGUGGUAGGGAACUUGACAGGUUGGUUAAUGGGGGCGGCAAUGGUGGGAUAUAGGUUAGUUUAAGGGAAAGAAAAAAGAAGAGAUGUUAACGAAGUUACAUAUAUAUACAGGAACAGACGAGGCUAGGUUACUUAGACAAGAGGAGCGAAUGAUGAGAGAUAUCCAGUGAGCGGUAGCAAACAUGAAGAUAGUAGUAGCAUCACAAAACACAACAAUAAAGCGUGGGUCGAUCUUUUGAAUUGG